UGAAUUCAGUGUCGUAGGAGUCGCGGCGCGCGCCGCCCGAAAUUAAAAAAAAAUAAUUUGGCGCGAAACGAAAGUGUCAAAAAAAUGAGUUACAGUGACAUCUAUGAUAACUUUAAUUUCGAUUAUCAAAAAUCGGACGAAGGCAAAAGUAACGUCGAUCUUAAUGCCAAUGAAAAAUGUUGUCGGGGGUUGAAAAAUGAGAGUAAAAACAGUCAGAGAAGUGAAGACACGAAAGAGGAAGAGAAUCACAUACAGCACGUGCUGGGACCGAGUAGGCGGUGCUUGGCGUGGGCUUGUAAGGCGUGCAAGAGAAAAACAGCGGCGGUCGACCGGCGGAAAGCUGCCACAUUGAGAGAACGACGGAGACUUAGAAAAGUUAACGCGGCUUUUGAAGAGCUGAGAAUACGAGCGCGAGCGGGCAGCGGAAGACUACCAAAAUUGGAGAUCCUUCGCGCUGCCAUACAGCACAUAGAGAGGUUACAAGCCGCUCUACGCGCCGCUGCAGUCCUUGAGUCUGAGAGCUGCAAGACGUACGUGGAGCCCGUGACGUCAUCGCACCCGCUCGACCGCGAGAUCAAAGCCGAGCGCGAGAGACCCUUCCUCAACGGCGAUUCAGGUUCAUGUGGUCUCAACAGCCUGGCUCGGCUGCGAUGUAUAGUGCAAGCCUUAGCAGCCAAGGAAACACCUCCAUGACAAUGGAACGAGAAACAAGUCCUAGAUUAUGAUUCAAUAUUUAUAUGAAGUUAAAUUUGUUUAGAUGUAUUAUUUCAUUUCAAAAAAUCUAUU